AUGUCUCCAAACAUGACUUGUGAAGCUCUCCAGUCUUUUUCUCCACGUCCAACUGUGGCCAAAAGAAAAGAAGCUCUUGAGCUCAGAAAGACAAUGAAACCUUUGAUGGAAAAAAGAAGGCGCGCACGAAUGAACGACAGCCUGACCCAUCUGAAGAACCUCCUCCUCCCCCUCACGGGCAGAGAUAAGACUCGCUCCUCCAAACUGGAGAAAGCCGACAUCCUGGAGAUGACUGUGAGGUUCCUCGGAGACGUUCCGCCUGUUAACACGAAAGACUCCGCAGACAGUUACAAGGAAGGCUACAAAGCCUGCCUCCAGCGCGUCUCCGCUCUGCUUCCCAAAACCAGUCUGGAUCAGGGAGCGUGUCAGCGGGUCAACCAGUUCGUCCAGCAGUCCAUGUCCGCCACCGUCACCCCGACCUGCCUGAACUGCUGCGCUCAGAGCUCCAGGACUCUCCCUCAGAUCCAACAGAGACUCCUGAGCCUCAAAUACAGCUUCAGCUCCAGAACGGAGAGCCAGUCCCGCAGCAGCAGUGGCUCCCAGCCGGCGCAGUCAGGAGAGCAG